AUGAAGGUGCAUUCGGAAGGAGCGCCUGGUGGUGGUGGAGAACCGGGAUUUCUUAGACGGGUAAGUCAGAAUGGGAAACUUGGGGUCAUUAGAAAAUGCCUGACAAGAGGGAACUACAUUCCGAAUGGGAGCACAUCGCUUAAAAAUUCGGACUUGAGGAACCCCAAAAGGGCCUAGACCAAACAUGAGGUCAUCAUGAGGCCAGUCAAUUUCCCCCUACGUUUGAUAUCAAUCGAAAGUUUCGAGAAAAUUAAAAUUCCAAUUCCGAUCAAGAUAAAAUAAAAAAGAUAUUCUUCCCCGAAUUAUUUGAUUUCCAAAUUUUUUCUCAUCAUUUUCCUAUUAUUUUCCUUAAAACAAUUUACUUAUGAUAACUCAAGAAGACGAAAAACGAGAAAAUGAAAGUCUUCUUGGAACUGCUAAACAUUGUAUUAGAAAGUUUCGAAAAAAUGUGGGAUUUUUCAAAUACUGUACUCCUCCGGAUUUCUAAAAAAAAAUGUUUUUUUUUCAGUUCGUGGAAUCACGUCUGAUCGGAAAUUUCGAUUCCGAACAUUUUUCCGAGCCAUGGAAGAAGAAGUUUUCACACGCACCAACUUGGUGUGAUGCAGAUAUGUCACUUCAACAAAUUAACCGGGUAAGCUCUUUUGAAUCUUUUUUUUCGGAAACAUGGAAACAAAAAAUAAAAAAUUUUUGUAGGGAAAAGCUCAUGGAAAUCGGAUUGCUUUGUAUGCUCGCGCGUUUUUUCAACUCUGGUUAUAUCGAAUUGGAUGUUUUGUGCAAAGAUGGGCCUGGUCCACUAUUUUAUUGAGGUAAGACAUUGAAGCAGGGAUUUUCGAAAUGGGCCAGGGCUCACAGGGUAUAAUUUAGUUCCGAAAAUUUCCACGAUUUUUGGAGUGGGAUCAACAAAGUCUCAAAAAAACUUGAGAGAUUUAGAAUAGUACUGUGUUUUUUCACAUUCUUAUCCGAGAUGUGAGAAUUUUUUUAAACAGACAAGCAACAAAAAAUUCUAAUAAAAAACUGACAUACCAAUUUUUCAGUAUGAUUCUGUACACUCUUUGCUUGGGCGGUCUUCAACAUGUUGUUAUCGAAACAGAUCUUGUCAAACUCUGGGUUUCUGAAGGAGGAAGACUCAACGAGGAAAUGAAUUAUUUGAGCAGUGUUCAGAAUAUGGCACAUCGAACUAAACGAGAAGCUGCAAACGCGGCUGGAAAACCAGUAAAGGCAGAAUCUAGAAGAGGUCCUGAAUUACCCAAAGAAAAUGGUUUAGGUGGAGGAUUUCAAGUAUGUUUGAUUUAUUGAAAAAAAAACAAAAUGAAUGUUUUCUAUUUAGGUCGUUAUUCAAACACCGUCAUUUGAAGGUGAAAAUGUUUUGACAAAAGAGGCACUUCAGAGACAUACAAAAUUGAUGCAAGAAAUUGCAAGUUAUCAAGUAGAAAUGUUUGAUGAGUGAGUUGGAUUCCAAAAUAAUUAAUCAAUAAAUCAAUAAUUUCAGAAAAUGGACUCUUUCUGAUAUUUGUUUCAAACCUCCCGGCCCAUCAUUUAAUAGUGGUCCACUUGCUGCAAUUAUGUCAAAACUUUUGGAUAAAAUUAUUCCAUGUAUUUGGAUUACACCAGUUGAUUGUUAUUGGGAUGGAGCAAAAGCUUUGGGUCCAGAUCCACCAUUGAAUCUUGGACCAGAGGUUUCUAGUUUUAUUUCGUCACUUCCACAAGGAAAUGUGACGUGGAAGAACUUGAAUCCAACUUCGGUUAUCAAGGAAGUCGGACAACUUUUUGAUCUUGGACCGAUUGGAAACUUCUUUGAGAGAGUAAGCAUUUUUGGGAAUUAUAAACUAAACGGGUAGAAAUGAACCAAGUUAAAAUAAUUGUUAAAAGAGCUUAAUUUUUUGGAAAACCCAAACUUCUAAUUUUCAGGCUGGAAUUGAUGGCGCUUAUCUUGAUCGUCCUUGCAUUGAUCCAUUAGAUGACGAAUGUCCAAAAUCAAGUCCAAAUUAUUUCGAUCGUUGUACUGCGCUUAAAAAGUUCAACGAAUGGAACUUGGCAAAGCCAAUGAGUGAUCAGGUUAGUUUUAUUGAACUUGGAAAGACCAAUUAAUCUUGGGGAAGAUGAAACAAACCUGUCUAUUUCAAUUUCUUAUCUGAUCAAAAAUUUUAUAACCACCGGGGAAAAAGAUAUGUGUUAAUUUUUUUAGAUUCGAUUGGAAAGAAAAGCAAUUGUAAAAGAGGAAGCAAAAACUGAUAUUGCUGAAAAUAUUUUGAAUGAUAUUUUCGGAAAAAAAAGAAGAAAGCGACAAGCUUCUGAAAAUGCUACAAAAGCACCAAAUGGAAAGAAAGAUGAAGAUUAUUAUGCUUAUGAAGAUGAUGCUGAUUACCUUGAUGGAAUUGGAAAUUCAACAUCCACUUCAAAGAAAGAACCAAUAGAUACAUCUUGUUUAGAAUAUGGAACAUCUUUGUUAAAAUGGAUGAGAGAAAAUCCAUCGAGACAUGGGGAAUUCUUAACAAAAGAAGAAAUGCCAAAAGAUCCAAAUUAUGGAGAUAUUAUGACUGGAGGAUGUAAAGGUUUUGGAAAGAAAAUUAUGGAAUGGCCAGAAGAUUUGAUUAUUGGAGGAAUUGAAAGAGAAGAUGGAAAAUUGAAAUCAGCCGAGGCUCUUCAAUCAGUUUUUCUAGUUUCAUCACCGUAUGAUGUUUUCGCUAGAGUUCAACAAGAUAAAUCGGAUACUCAUCCAAAUUUGAAUAAAAAACAAUGGUCGCCUUAUAUGGCUGAACAAAUUAUUGUUGCUUGGCAAAGAAAUUUCACCAGAAAAUUGUAUGGACAUGAAGCGAAUAAAGCAGUUGAGGGAACUCGAGUAUUCCAUCCAUUGGCUUCGACAUCAAUUGCUGAUAUGUUAGAAGAGUUUUCACAAUUCAAUUAUAUGAUUAUUGUUAUCGGUUAUGUUCUUAUGGUUAUUUAUGCUGCAUUUACCCAAGGAAGAUUCCAAGGUUUGAGUUGAUUUUAUUUAUUGGAGAAAUUUUUCCCAAAAAUUUUGACCUAUUUGAAAAGUUAUUGAAAAUAUUCUGGACUAGAGAAUACUGUACCAAAUUCAUAAUUUUCUAGGAUGGUGGCUCGCUAUUCAAUCAAAUGUUGCACUCGCUGUCAGCGGUGUUAUUCUUGUCACAUUUUCAUCAAUCUGUGGUCUUGGAUUUGCAACUCAUCUUGGUAUUAAUUUCAAUGCUGCCACAACUCAAGUUGUUCCAUUUUUAUCACUUGGAUUGGGUAUCGAUGAUAUGUUUUUGCUUCUCCAUAAUUAUGAUGAAAUUAUCAAUAUUUGUAAGAAAAACGAAAUUGGAAUUUUGUUGAAAGAAACUGGAAUGUCUGUGAUGCUCACUUCUAUCAAUAAUAUUCUUGCCUUCAUUUCUGGAUAUGUUUUACCAAUUCCGGCUCUUCGAUCAUUCUGCUCACAAACUGCUAUUCUCUUAUUAUUCAAUCUCAUUUUCCUGAUGUUUAUUUUCCCAGCAAUGAUUGGAAUUGAUUUACGUCGUCAAAGAAGAGGACAACGAGAUAUGGCUUACUGUAGCAAAGGAGCAAAAACUAUUCCAAAAGCUGAAAGUGCUAUUAAUUCAAAAGCUGCUCUCGCUGAAACUGUUACUGAAGAAUUUGAGCGACAUGCUCCGUGGUAUACAGUUAAUGGAUUCUUGAAAAAUAUUUAUAUCCCAGCAUUGAAGAAGCCAAUAGUAAAAACAAUUAUUCUUGGAGGAACUGCGGCUGCUGUUUGUUUCGGAUUAUAUGGAAUGUAUACAUCAACACUUGGAUUAGAACUUGCUGAUGUUUUACCAGAACAUACACCACCAGCGGCAUUUUUGAGAGCUAGAGAAAAAUAUUUCUCAUUCUACCCAAUGUUUGCAGUUUUGAAAGGAAAAGAUAUCGAUAUUCCAAAUCAACAACAAAUUAUUGAAGAAUAUCGAGCACAAUUAGGAGCUUCUAAAUUUAUGAUCAAAGCUGAUGGAAAUCUUCAACCAUAUUGGAUGUCAAUGUUAAGAGUUUGGCUGAAAAGUUUGGAUGUUGCACUUGAAAAGGAUUUAGCUGCUGGAAAAUUCGAUUUAACAAAUGGUAACCCAGUUAAAGUGAAUGGCGAAAAACCAACACCGGAAGCAAUGAUUGCUGCAAGACUUGUCUGCUCAUUUGGAGAUACUUAUAAUUGUGAUGGUAGACUUGGAAAAAUCAAGAUGGUUGAAAAUGAGAUUAUUCGACCAGAAGCAUUUUAUAAUUAUUUGACAGCUUGGUAUAAUAUUGACAAUAUGAUGUAUUAUGUAUCACAAGCUUCAUUCUUCCCACUUCCACCAGGAUGGGAAUAUAAUGAAAAAGUGGCAAAAGUUGUUCCAGCUUCUUCCAAAUUAUUAUACAGUCAAAUGCCAUUCUAUCAAAAUGAUUUAGUUGAUACUCCAGCUAUUGUUAAAAUGAUUGAGGAAAUUCGUGCAACUUGUGAAGAAUAUACUGACAGAGGAUUGCCAAAUUAUCCAAAUGGAAUUGCUUUCACAUUCUGGGAACAAUAUUUGAGCUUGAGACUUAAUUUGUUUAUGGCAAUUGUUAUUAUUGCUGCUGCUGUAUUCACAGUUAUCUCUAUUUUAAUGUUCAAUCCAUGGGCAGCCAGUUUAGUAAGUUUAUUGAUUGAUUAAUUUAUUUUUACAAAAUUGAGUAAUUGAACAUUUUCUAGAUCAUGUGCAUUGUUAUUAUUACAACAAUCGAACUUGGAGGAUUCAUGGGACUUAUGGGAAUUAAAAUGAACCCGAUUUCUGCUGUCACUUUGAUUUGUGCUGUUGGAAUUGGAGUCGAAUUUACUGCUCACGUUGAACUUGCGUUCUUGACUGCUUUAGGAACUGUUAAUGAGAGAUUGGAAAGUUGUUUGCAACAUAUGUUUGUGCCAGUUUAUCAUGGAGCAAUUUCAACAUUUUUGGGUAAGUGAAAAGGGUGAAUCGUAGAAAAGUCUCUCUAAUUCUCACCCCUUUUUCAGGUGUCGUAAUGUUGGUAUUCUCCGAAUUCGACUUUGUCGUCAAAUAUUUCUUCUCAACAAUGACAGUUCUUGUUGGUUUGGGAGUCUUCAAUGGUCUCUGUGUUCUUCCAGUUAUUCUAACUCUUAUCGGACCAGAUCCAGAACUUGUACCAUCUGAUGGAACAUCACGUCUUUCACCACCACCUCCACUUCGAGAACAACAAUCGGGUAAAGAUAUAUUUGGUGAGAGUGGAGUCAAAAGACGGAACAAUAAGAAUAAGAAUUCAUCUGACGUAAGUUUUCUGAGUAGCCAAAGGGGCGCUUCUUGAGCUAAUAACAUCCACGAAUCCGAAACUUUCAACCUAACCUGAGUCCAGAACUUGUACCACCAAAUCACAAAAUUUUAGAAGAAAUCUCGAAAAAAUACGUUUCAAAAUUGUCAUAAAAUGUUUCUUGUUGAAUUUAAUACAUUUUCAAACACUAUACUGUAGUUGCAUUUAGACCACGCCCUCAGACUUUAAUUUUCAGAUUAAAUUCUGAUAUUUUGCAGGUCGAAAUGUCGUCUCGUUCUCGCUCCGACGACAAUUCCAAUAAUACGGAUAAUCAAUAA